GUGGGGCGUAGGUGAUUGACGGCUCUGGGGGCGGGGGGUCGUGACGUAGCUAAGAUGGCGCUGCCCGGGCAGCGCGGGCUCCUCCCGCCUCUCGCCGCCGCUGUCCCGCUGCUGCUGCUGCUCACGGGCGGCGCUCAGGCCGCUCGGGCCGAGGGUGUGCAGCGCUGUGACCAGCUCCUCAUGGGACAAUAUAAAUGUGAUAGCCCUGAUAUAAGUGAGACAACGCAGGAACCAGAAAACUGCACAAAUUACACAGCCUAUGUUGCUUGUACACCAGCUCCAAAUAUUACCUGUAAAAAUUAUAAUGGAGUUGUGAGCACUUUCAGUGGAAAAGAAGUGGGCUUCUAUAAACCUAUAUCAUGCCGUAAUGUAACUAAUUACUCGUACAAAGUGGCCGUGGCUCUUUCCUUGUUCCUUGGAUGGUUAGGAGCGGACAGAUUCUACUUGGGAUAUCCAGCAUUGGGCUUGUUGAAGUUCUGCACAGUUGGAUUUUGUGGGAUUGGCAGCCUUAUCGAUUUCAUUCUUAUCUCCGUGCAGAUUGUCGGACCUGCAGAUGGCUCCAGUUACAUCAUAGAUUAUUAUGGAGCACGGCUGAUUAGAUUGACGAUAAACAAUGAUACGUACAGGAAGACCCAAAUGGAUCUGUGAGCCCCAAAUAUGAUUUUAUCCAUUAUGCUUGAUUGAUCUGUUGUACCCACUUCAAGGAUGGCUGCUUUGAUCCAUUUUUACCCUGCCAGUCUGCUCUCUUCGUGGUAACUGAACAGAUCCGCCCAGACAAUAUAAAAGGAAAGUACACCUUAGCAACAGUGAACAUCUGAGGCAACAAGUGCUGCAAUAUCUGUCAGCUGACAUUAAUUUUUGUUAUGGCAUUUGUUGGCAGAAUGAUAUAAAUUACAUUGCAUUAACAGAUGGGUCAUCUUUGCUGUCAUUUUCUGCUGGUGAAAUCUUUAAUCGUUAUGGCUCUGUGAUGUCUAGUCAUUGCCUCCCAUCUGUCCAAGCACUAAGUCAGAGGCAGUGGAGAGAAAAAAAUGGCUAAAAGUUUGGUAUUUUGUGCAACACUAGAGUUUGAGCCACAAAUGGGACCAGAAGAGAUGAUUUUAAAGCAGAAACAAGUAGUGAGCGCGAGAUGACUUGUAGCCAAACAUCUAACACAUCUAGUGACAGAAAUCAUUACAGUAAAAUUACAUCACAGUGGGGAAGGAAAUGGGUUGUGCCUGAGAUUUCGCUGAUAUGUUGAGUUCCCUAUCUUUCCCUUUCCCAGUGGGAAAUUGGAAGUGCGUCAUACCAAGCCACUUACCCCCACUCAACCACAGCCAUGUUCCAUGUUCACUUAGGGAAGUCGUGUUGGAAAUGAUGAAAAGGUUGGACAAUGUGUCCCUUUUUUUAAAAAAAAGCUCCAUUUUCUUACAGCUGAUGAAGAUUCAAGGCACAACCUAAAGCAUCUUAAAUUCAUGCAUCAGCAGUAGAGAGAAAGAGGCAAAGGCAUCAAGAUAAGAAUAAUCAAACUGUUGGGGAUUCUCAGUGCUUCUGGCUGGGAUAAUAAUAAUCCUUACAUUUGAUACAGCGCCUUAUCACGUCUUC